AUGAAGCCUGGCAGCCUGCCAAUUCGCGCUCAGUCGCAACCAAUAUGCCAAUUGUGCGACUACGUAUUGCAGCAGCCUGGAAGUCGCCGCGCAUUCCUGUCCACAUCAUCCCUCCGGCUCUCAGCGCCCUCGUUACGGCGGCAGAACGCGCCAACGCCAUAUACCAAACCCACACGAAGCAUCACGACGACAUCUCGGAAGGCAGUAGUGGCUGAUACUAGCGACGAUGGCGGCCUGCAAACCUCCGAGAGGAUCAUAGCGCUGAAGAGCAGACUCGCCCAAGUAGAGGCUCGAAUACAAGAAAUAUACAAUUCGCCCAAAGUCGAACAGGAGGAGGUCAUAUUGGAGGCAUUUAAUGGACUCGAUGUUAUUGCGCAAGAAGCGAUAGCCAUAAGGUCAAGGCAGCCUCCACCGACUAGGGCGCCACUGAGGCAAAGUAGUGCAGGUGCCAUACUCUCUGGACUGGGAGGUGGGGAGAAGGCGAAGACUGAAGUGACAAGGAGUUCGAGACUAUUAGGAGUUGAUGCGCUACCCUCCCCAUCGUAUCUUUCGAAGCUCGCUGAGGGCCUCGUCAAACACGAGAAAGUCUUCCUAUCGCCAAACGUCCUCGCGAUAUACAUCCACCUACAACGGCUACUCGCACGACCAAAAACUAUUCCAGAGGCGCUCUACCUCUACGCGAACAAGCCAGUGCCCGUGGAAGGCUCCUCGCCUCCCAAGUUCUCCCGACCGUCUCCCAAGUCGGCAAAGCAGGCCAUCCCAGCUGAUCUUGCUGACGCAGCGCUCACAGCUGCAAUCGACGCAAAAGAUCUCUCCUUGGCUCUGGAUGUUGUGGAUCAUACCUAUCGCGCUGCUGCAUGGCGGCGGCAUCGCAUAUUCACAAAGCUAGGUUUACCUGGUGUCUUGGCGGGCAUCACACCACUCGCCCUCUACAUGAUCGCCCAGGAACUAUCCGUAUACAGCGGCUUUAUCGACCCAUGGACGUUCAAGCUGUACGCUUUCAUGGGCAUGAGCACGUAUGUCAUGUGCACGGGAACGCUCGGGUUUGUCGCCCUGACAACGUACAACGACCACCACGACCGAGUGGUCUGGCGGCCUGGUGUUCCGCUACUGGAUCGAUACCUGAGAGAGGACGAGAGGGCGGCCUUGGAUCGUAUAGCUUGUGCAUGGGGUUUCAAGGAAGUGUGGAAGCGAGGUGACGAAGAAGGUGAGGAUUGGGAGGGUCUGAGGCAGUGGAUCUUGCUCCGCGGUAUGGUGCUCGACAAACCAGACCUGAUGCCUGGUAUGAAUCCUGGAAGAUAG